AUGAAUCAAUCCAUAUACACACUACUAUUCAUUUUUCAUAUAAACAGUAUUUUAGGUCCAAAUGAAACACAAUUGACUAUGAAAUCUUUACACAUUGAACAAUCAAAACCAAACCAUUUGUUAGUUACUAUCAAUCAACGAAAUGAUCAUUUAUGUCCAAUGAAAUUUCAUUAUGAUCAAUUACUUGAUCAAUUCAUAAAAGAAAAUGGUCAUAUUCAAGUGAAUAAUUUAAUUAUUCCUAAAUCGUAA